UCCAUCCGAUAUGUUAACAGCAAACAAAUGGCUAUUAUUACUGAUAAUAAAGUUUGUAUUGAUUGUCGUUUAUAUGAAUAUAUGUUGUUUUGCACAACAAAUAAAUCAAGAUUUAGAUGACACUACAGAAUCGGACACAGAAUUGUUGACAACAUUGCUAUCGUUGUUGUCGACAGAUAACAACUACACCAACAACACCAACACUAUCAGUGCCUUUAGGGCCUUAAGUGACCAGUCAUACCAAUUAUCGUCUUCAAAUAAUGAGACAAUAAAAAUCGGUUAUCUGACCAAUUUUCAUGGCCGACAAAAUGUCCAGCGACAGGGUAUUGUCAUAUCGGGUGCCAUCACAUACGCCAUCAGUAAAGUUAAUGCCAACGCAACCAUACUUAAUGGCCGUAAGUUGGAGUUCAUAUUUAGCGACACUAACGGAUCGACAAUCGACGGUACGGCUGCCAUACUGUCCCAAUGGAAACAAGGAGUGGUUGCCUUUUUCGGACCGGAAGACUCGUGCGAAGUCGAGGCCACAAUCGCUGCUGCCUUACAGUUGCCAAUGAUUUCCUAUAAAUGUGCCGACAGUAAGGUUUCGCGCAAAGAUCUAUACUCGACCUUUGCACGGACACAUCCGCCCGAUACACAAAUUGUCCGAUCAGUUAUAGCCUUGUUGUCGUAUUUUCAUUGGAACAAGUUUUCGAUUAUCUGGGAAAAUACUGCCCAAUACAAGACAGUCUUCAAGAGUCUACGCGAACAAGCCGUGGCCAACGACUUUGUUAUUAACAGUGACCGAAGUUUUGAAAACUAUUACGACUGUUGUAUAGCUGUCCAGCCGUGCUGUCGGCGGGCAUUCUUGGACAUCAUCGAAGAGACCUAUCGGGGGACGAGAAUCUAUGUGUUUUUAGGCAAAACAUCGGAUCUGCAUCGUAUGAUGUUGGUCUUGAGAAUGAGAGGAUUGUUUGAAAAUGGCGAAUAUAUUGUCAUCUAUGUUGAUCUGGAGGAAGAAUAUCUGAGGUCACAGUCGUAUAAGUAUAUUAAUACAAGAUUUGAUAUAUCCGAGGAUGAAAAACGGGCACUGGCCGAUGCAGCACAAUCACUGUUGGUGAUAGUACCGAGUCCACCAAAUGGUACCGAUUAUACUGCUUUUGAGGACAAAGUUCGGGAAUUUAAUUCCAGACCGCCGUUCAAUUUGCCAGAAAUGACUUACGGAAAUGUGACACUUAAAAGACAUAUUACAAUCUAUGCGUCCUAUUUGUACGACUCGGUUAUGUUGUACUGCGAAGCACUGGCACAGGCCUUCCGCGACGGUCUAAACGAAUAUAAUGGCCGAAGUAUUAUCCGUAAUAUUAUCGAAAAGAAACGUUAUCUGAGUGUGACGGGCGCCUGGAUGAACAUCGACGAUAACGGCGAUGUCGAAGGCAACUAUACAGUACUGGCCCGUUGGCGUACACCCGUCGACCUACCUAUCAAAGGUAUGGCCGGUCAUCAGCGACCGAGUCAUGUGAUGCUUCCGGUCGGCAACUUUGAAUACGACGAGUUCAUGAAUCGGACGGUAUUCAAACUCGAAGGCAAUAUCGAUUGGGUUAGCGGUAAUCCGCCACUGGUCGAACCGCCCUGCGGUUUCGAUGGCAGCGGUUGUCUGGAAGCAGUGGACAAUAAACGAGAAAUAAUUGCCGGCGUAUUGAUCGGCUUAUUGGUCACUGUUAUCAUCGUAACGGGUGUUACCUAUCGAAACUGGAAGUACGAACAAGAAAUAGCCGGUUUGUUGUGGAAGAUCAAUGUCAACGAAUUGAUGACCGAUUCGUACGAUCAUCUGUUGGCCGCCAGUCAGAUGAGUAUCGCUAGUCAGGCAUCAGUUGAUUCCCGAUUCUACAACAACCAGGUGUUUACCCAACGAGCCAUAUAUAGGGGCGCUUUUGUUGCGGUUAAACAAUUGAAAUUUACUAAACGUAUUGAUAUAUCGAGGACAGUGAAGAAAGAGAUGAAAAUCAUGAAAGAGAUCAAUCACGACAAUGUUAACCAAUUUAUCGGCGCCAGUAUUGAGGUCUACUCUGUACUGUUGGCCACUGAAUACUGUGCCAAAGGCAGCCUUUACGAUAUACUCGAAAACGACAACUACAAACUGGACUCAAUGUUUCAGACAUCACUAGUAUUUGAUCUCAUAUCGGGAAUGAUAUUCUUGCACGACUCGGACAUCAAAUUUCACGGUAAUUUAAAGUCAUCGAACUGUGUGGUCACAAGCCGUUGGGUUCUCCAGGUGGCCGAUUUUGGUCUGCAUCAGCUCCGGGCCAAUGCAGCACCCGAUCCUAUUAUGGCCGGUGAUCCCUAUAGAGAUUUGUUAUGGAAAGCACCGGAACUCCUACGCGACAGCAGUCUUGGCGGUAAUCAAAAGGCUGAUGUCUACGCCUUUGCCAUAAUAUUGCACGAAAUUAUGGCCAGAGAAGGACCGUUCGGUAUCAACGAAAAGGAUAUUACGUGCAAACAAAUUGUCAGCCAAAUCAAAGAAUACGAUCGACUGCCGGAACCGUUUCGGCCGGACUUGAAUCUAGUCCAGUGGCAGGACUUUGUCCGCCAAACAAUGCAGGACUGUUGGACAGAAAAAAUUGAUUUGAGGCCAGAUUUCCGAACUAUACGAUCGAGGCUUAAAAAGCUCAGACAGGGUCUCAAAUCAAAUAUUAUGGACAAUAUGACGGCACUGUUGGAAAAGUAUGCGACAAAUUUGGAGGAAAUAGUCGACGAACGGACGUCACAGUUGGUCGAUGAGAAAAAAAAGACCGAAUCACUAUUGGACAGAAUGUUGCCGCGAUCGGUGGCCGCUCAGCUUAUGCGCGACGAGCCGGUAAUGCCCGAGUCGUACGAUGCGGUUACCAUCUUUUUCAGCGACAUUGUCGGCUUUACGUCUAUGUCGGCGGAUAGUACACCGAUGCAAGUUGUCACUUUUCUCAACGACUUAUACACACUGUUUGAUUCAAUCAUUUGCAACUACGAGGUGUACAAAGUAGAGACCAUUGGCGACGCCUAUAUGGUGGUCAGUGGUCUACCGAUUAGGAUAGGCGACGCUCAUGCGGCCGAAAUUGCAUCCAUGGCUCUCGAAAUGCUCGAAUCGGUCAAGUCCUUCAAGAUUAGACACCGACCCGACGAUCUACUACAGCUCCGCAUUGGUAUACACACAGGUCCAGUGGUGGCGGGAGUAGUGGGUCGGACAAUGCCUAGAUAUUGCUUGUUUGGCGAUACCGUCAACACAGCCUCCAGAAUGGAAAGCAAUGGAGAGGCUCUAAAAAUACACAUCAGUCCUCAAUGUAGAGACUAUUUAGUGAGAUUAGGUGGUUAUGUGAUUGAGGACAGGGGUUUUGUAACCAUGAAGGGCAAAGGUCAAGUGUUAACCUAUUGGCUAGUAUCGCAUACAACCGGUCAAAUGCAUCGGCGAGAGUCGGCGCCCGACGACUACAUGCUGUUACAAAACUAUGGCUAUCCAGACAAGAAGCGCCCGAACAAUGCACUGGUAGGCCUAUUGCCCCGUAAGGGCUCAAUCGUUGGUUUCAAAAACUCGGGUAAGACGACUAAUGAUGGCUCCAAUCUGAAUGUGUCGACCGCACGGCUGCCGGCUUUUCUACGAUCUAAAGGACACGAAUCCAAUGGAUCAUUAGUGAGACCAUACAGUCCUAAACUCAACAAAAAGCCAUUUCCUUCGUCACUCCGUCACAGCCGACUGGCACUGAAGGACCAAUUAUGUGAUAACAACAACAAAGAGACCUCUUUUUCGUCGACAAUUGUCCAACAAAUGCAUUCCAAGACAACAUCAAUACCGCGAAAUGCGUCCAGUGUUUCAUUUAAGACAUCGCACGAUAGGUUCAACUCAUUCAAUGAACAAUACAUACUCUUCGGAGACAAUGAUUAUACAAAUCAUACUAAUAAUCAUAUAAAUGACAGCGAACUGUCUCAACCAUUGCUUAAUAGUGAUCACAAUCAUGACCACCAAAGUCAUCAUCUUAAUCAUCAUCAUUAUCACCACAACAACAACAAUAGCAGAACAAAUCAUAACUAUUCGUCAUCUUCAGGUGACCUUAACAUUGUAACCGACUGUUGUGCCAAUGAUAACGUCGACAUCAUCAUCAACAACAUUAUCACCGAUAGACCACUACCACCAUUGAUAAACCAUCCAUUGAUCAAACUUGACAAUAUUAUAGCGUCCAAGAAGUGGAACUCGUGUACACAAUUGGAUUUGAAUAAUAAAUCCAUUAAUAAUAAUAAUAAUCAGUCGUCGAUAAGCAGUGUCGCCGACAAUAGUCAUAAUAACUGCAACGAUAAUAAUAAUACAAUGGUUGCCGAUAUUAUUAUCGGCAACAACAACAACAAGAAGUUUGAUCCGACAGUCAAAGAUUGGUCUAAAAUUAGUUUAGUUGAUUGCAAUCAAUUGAUAGAAACCGAUCUGACAUUAUCGUCAUCAACAACAACAACAUCGGCUGCUGUUGAUGAUGAUGAUGACGACAUCACUUCCGUCAGAAAAGCUACCGGAGCUAACAAUUUGUUGAAAAGGAGACCAACUAUAUAUAAAUUUAUAUACCAUACCGGACCUCAAGGAAUACAUUUUUCAUAAAAACGUCUGACUUCGUCGUGUCCCUCAUUGGUGACAACCAUAACCCGGCGCAUAG